AUGAAAUUGGUUGCCUUGGCACUCCUAGUUGGAGUGGCUCUGGCCCGCCCUUCAAUGGAGGGACCCCAGAACUUCGGCUUCCCCUUCUUCCCUCCAGGCCAGCAUGGAGCACCAGCCGGACACCCACCAGCCUUCGGAGGAUUCCCAUUCGGACCAGGAAGCCCCCCACCCCCAUUCGGAGGAUUCCCCUUCGGGCCUGGCGGCCCACCACCCCCGCCACCAUUUCUCAAGGAUGUUGAUGAGGAUGCCCGUGAUGAAUUCAUGAAGCUCUUCGAAAACGAGAACCUCUCCCGCUCCGAGUUCCGCAACGCCGUCGCCGCCUGGGCCGCCAAGCAGGGAGAGAAGACCCAGCAAGCCGUCCAGGAAUUCAACACAAAGAUGGAGAAGGCCAAGGAGGAGAGCCGUCAGAAGUUCGACCGCGUCGUCUCCGAGAUCGUCCCUGCCCUUCAGCAGCUGAAGGCUCUCUAUGAGAACGAAGCCCUGACUCGCAAGGAGAGGAGGAAGCAGAAGCACGCCAUCAUCGACGAACUGUCCGUCGAGACUGGAUUUGCUGUUUCCCUCAUCACCAAGAUGCUCCGCCCCCGCCCGCCAAUGCCACCACCGCCGCCGGCGCAGGGUGGAGAACACACCCACGGACCCGAAGCCGGAUCUCCCCCACCGCCACCACCAGGCUUCCCAGCCCCAGUGAUCGGAUUCGGACCUCGCCCAUUCUUCCCCCCUCCCCCGCCACCCUUCCUCGCCAAGGUCUCCGAUGAAGCCAAGGACGAAUUCCGCAAGCUCAUCGAGAACGAGGACCUCCCCCGCUCCGACUUCAAGCGUGAACUGGAACUGUGGGCCGAGAAGCAGGGAGCCGAGGUGCAGGAGGCCGUCAAGAAGUUCGAGCACAAGCUUGACACCGGGCUCGAGGAGUCGAGCACCAAGAUCCGUGCCCUGUUCCAGCACCUUCCCCAGGCUUUCAACGAGCUUGAGCAGGCGCUGAAGGACGAUACUCUUUCGAGGAAGCAGGCGCACAAGAAAAUCCGCCAAAUCUUCGAUGACCUCGACCGCAAGGAGGCCCAGAUCGCUCACCAGAUCAUGUUCACCUUCGGCCCGAAGCCUCCAGUAACUGGGGCCAUUGCCCUUCCCUUUGGAUUCGAGCCUCAAUUCAAUGGAUUUCAAGAACAUUUAGCCCAUCAUCGCCCAGAGUUUCUUAAGGAAGUCAGCUCCGAGGCACGCUCUGAUUUUAUGGAAAUUAUCACCGAUGAGGAUAUGACGCGUAAGGAAUAUCAUGAAAAAGUUAGAGAAUGGGCGAAAAAGCAUGGUGUUGCGAAAGAACAAGCCCGUUUCGAAAAAGAUAUGGAAGAGGAGAAAGAGGAGGCGACGAAGGGAUUCGAUAAACUCGUUGAAGAGCUCCUCCCCGCCGUCAAGGCCUUUAGGGCGGUUUUGGAAAACGAAGAACUGUCCAGACGACAAGUCAGAAAACAGACCCAUCAGAUUGAAGACUCUCUCUCUGAACCGACCUCAAUGGUUCUGCAUUAUAUUCUCGAUAUCUUCAAGCCGCACCACCGUAUGCUGACCCAGAACGACAGGGAACAACAGAACGGCCAGGGCCAGGGCUUUGGUGCUUUCGUUCCGAUGCAGCCUUUCGCGCCAAUGUUCCAAAAUCAAGGCUUCUUCCCCCAAAGACCUCCCUUCAUGAUGCCGGGUCUUUUCGGACAAAAAUCCCCCAAAGAUAGCAAGGAAAUCGAGAGAAUGAUCGAACUACAAGACAUCCCACGGCAAGAGGUUGAGCGUAAAAUGAUCGAGUCCCAGCAGCGCAAUGGUGGUUUUAUGAUGGCUAAGACGACCACUGAACAUCAGGAAAAGCAGGAGGAAAAGCAGCCUAAACUAAAUAACACAGAGCAAAUGCUCGUCGCGCUGGAACACCUGAAGCCCGCUUUGGAGGAAUAUGGCCAAUUAUAUACCACUAAGGACCUGAGCAUCUCCAAAGCGCGCAAAAUUUUUGACAAUCUGACGCUGAAAGAAGCAAUCGCAGCUCAGCAGAUGCUUAAUGUAUUCAACAGUAUGCCCGAGCAACAGAUGAUGGGAGGGUUCUGGAUGGAACAACCUGAAGAAAGUUUGGAUCAAUACGAUGGCUCGGAAGAACUUGAUGAUGGAGACGAUAAUAAUGAUGAGGAAGAAAGCAAGGAUGGAGAACAGUCAAAACCCUCUGCCGAAAAAGAUACUCACAAAACCACUAAGGAUGCACAUUCCCGAGAUUUUCUUUUGCGUCGUCGU